CGAUAAUGCAGCGUUCUGCGAAAAUGAGUAAUCUGUGUCCCCUCUGACACCUGUGCGGCGACAAAUGUUUGAUUGUUGUUUUUACUAGAGUAGCGUAAUAUUGAAUCAGACGAUUUGAACGUAAUUCUGCCUUGUUCCGCGUGAAUACAAUUAACAGGCUCCGUUGACACCAUGCAGUUACCCAAUCAUGAUUCUCUCCUGAGUAUUACAGAGAUUCAUUCCAAAUACUCCAAUGGGUUGAUUGCGGAUAUCAUUUUUAUCAUACUAUUUUCAAAAUCUCCAAUACUGGAAUACCAAUCUGAUAAACCAGGGAGGACUGCAUAAUAUUAUUUUUAAUAGACCAAAGAUGAGGCCCAGGAUAUUCACAGUAUUUGGAAGUUAGAAACUCGGGGGGCCUUGAAGGAUGGGUUUUCCAAUAUAUGACGCAGGUUGAUGGUUGUAUAUAUAAACCAUGCCCGCGUACAAAUGGCCAGAUCUUGAUGAGGAUUUAUUAAAAGCAAUUACCCUACUCACAUACAAAAUGAAAUCUGUUGUUCCGGUUUUAAUAAUUUUAGCCACCUCCGAAGCCAUUUAUGGUGAGUUGAUAACCAAAGAAAAGGCAACACCCCGGCGAUGUCCAUUCUCCCCGUCAGUGUUCGGAAAGUGGGCUGUGUCCGACGCUUAUGACAAUGACAUGAGUACGGUGAUCACCAUUAAUUAUUAUUAUGUAUUAGUGCAAUCACCUGGCUCCGAGAGGAUUUUCUUUUGUAAAGAAAUGGACUAUUAUGAGACUGUGCUGCUGAUAACGCCUGACAAAAAUCAGAUUUUGUGCCUGCAGUUUCCAUUUGUUGAUGAAAACCCUAUGUUGGUGGUGAGAUUAAGUCCAACUAUUAUUAACCACUGGAAAUUUUUUGAGCCCACACGCAACCCCUUCCGGUCGCCAACCAUCGGGAACACCUGUAACAGGUACAGCGACGGGGAUGCCGUCUUUCUCAGGAGAAUUUACUAACUGUGUUUAUAUUGUACAUAUUGUAUAUAAUAAAAAUAUUUAUUUUUGUUAUAAAA